GUUAUAGCCGACACUUGAUAACCAUUGCGUUGUUUUUUUGUUUUUGUUUUUAAAUAAAUGUCAGUAUAUGUUUACAAAUGCGAAGUACGUAUUAUAAGCCCCAUAAUGGCACAAACUGCACAUAUACCAAGUUGAAAGUUUCAGGUCUGACUAAAGCACACUCCUCGGCCUCAGCCAUGCCUCAGAAACUCCAAAAGAGCACCCAGCCUUCUCACUAUAUUGAGCUGGGAGGUUAUCAGUAUUGGCCUGUGCUAGUGCCCCGAGGUAUCAGACUGUACACCUACGAACAGAUCCCAUUGUUUCUGAGGGAGAACCCUUACAUCACAGAUGGCUACAGAGCCUACCUGCCCUCCAGACUGUGCAUCAAAAGCCUCUUUAUUCUGUCCAAUGAGACAGUGAAUAUCUGGAGCCAUCUGUUGGGCUUCCUGCUCUUCUUCUUUGUCGGGGUGUACAACAUGGCUUCGGUGCUGCCGGCCGUCGGCGCUUCGAGGGAGGACUACGUCAUCUACUCCAUUGGACUCUUCUGCUUCCAGCUGUGUAUGCUGUGUUCGGUGGGUUAUCACCUGUUCUGUUGCCACCGCUCGGAGAAGACCAGCCGCCGCUGGAUGGCGCUCGACUACGCGGGGGUUUCAAUCGGCAUCCUUGGCUGCUACGUCCCCGGAGUCUUCUACACCUUCUACUGCAAUAAUUACUGGCGGCAGGUGUACCUGGUGACGGUCCUGGCCAUGAUCCUGGCCGUCUUCUUCGCUCAGAUUCACCCUCAUUACCUCAGCAAGCAGUGGAAGCAGCUGCGCUCGCUCAUCUUCUGCUCGGUGGCCGGAUACGGCCUCAUCCCCACCGUCCACUGGAUCUGCAUCACCGGAGGCUUCUCCUCAGAGCUCGUCCAGGCUUUUGUCCCUCGAGUCCUGGGGAUGUACUUCAUCGCUGCAUUAGCUCUCAUUUUCUACGUUUCAAAAGUUCCUGAACGCUACUUCCCAGGUCAGCUGAACUACCUGGGCUCCAGUCACCAGGUGUGGCACCUGCUGCUGGUGCUGAUGUUUUACUGGUGGCACCAGUCAUCCUGCUUCAUCAUGGCGUACAGGCACAGCCAGCCCUGCCCCGACGCCCCCCAACACACCUAGGAUGCUGCUCUGCACGCUGGGAUCCUCGACUUUGCUUAACUGUCAGUGACCUAAGCAGCGUAUUCUAGCAUGCACAGGUGGAAAGCAGGGAGACUCGAUCGACAAGCUUUCAGUCCAUCUCGGUGUCAUCGCACACACUGCAAGUGUCUUCAGUCCACCUGACCUGUGAGUCUCUGGAAAGGUGAAUCAGACCCGUGGCCUCCAGUUGUGAGGCGAUGUGUCGAGCGUAUAUUUAGAUGAAACGGGACCUCUUGAGUGAUUAUAGGUAGACAGUCAAACAAACAAAACACAGAAAGUCUGCAGUCAAACUAGAGUAUCUCUAGGAUUUGACUGCAUUCAGAUUUGCACAACGGUAAAAGAUGCAGCGGCAAAAAGAGGACUCGAAUCAUCAAGUUCAGUCAAGUAGCAUUUUGUUCUUUAGAAAGAGAUCACGUUUCUGUAAGUGCCUGUAAAUGAAACAUCAUGUAUUCAGUUCAAUUAAGUUAUGGAAAGUUUUUCUCCUAAAAAGUUUUCAGCAAAUUUACUUAUUUUUAAAGGUUUCUGAGCCAGUCGUUCUCAUUCUGGGUUUUGAAUAUAGUUCCAGUGUAUGAUAACGCUUGUUCUGUGAAAAGUAGGUUAACUGCCUUUAGGUUUCCUCCAGUAAGGAAUCAAGUCAAAUGACAUUAAAAGGGAAAAUGAAAUGUGUGAGGCGCUCUUGUGCAGAUGUCACCGCUCUGUACGGUUAUGCUAAAAGUAUGCGUAUGUUUUAAACAAAUCUGUUCAGUGUUGAGACCUGCUGAGCCCAAUCAUCUCUUCUUUUAUUUCUGAACUAUUAAAAGUUAAAAUGGGAGGUACUUGAAAACAAGCAAAAAUGUACCAGUAACUUUCAACACACUCCAUGUUAGAUAGAAAAACCAAAGAGUCAGAGUCACUGCUGUGUUGUUCUCUUCAUCAGUUUGUAUUACAUUUUUAAUUGUGUCCUGUAGCAUGUGCAGUAUUGGUGUUUCUGUUUGUUACUGCUGACUGACACAAGCAACAGGUUGUGUCAGUCCCUGGAUGGUGAAAUGUACUUACACUAAAUACAGGUACUACAAAGACUCAUGAACCGCAGAUGUUUGUACCUGAUGCUGCAGGACCGACUGUUGGGGGCGGGUUCCAUGUGGUCUGUCUGCACUGCCUCUGUGUUCAAAUUUAUUUCAGAGCUAAACUAAAUUUAUUACUGUGCAGAAUGCCUUUUUACCUAUGAGAGAAAACCAUUAUUUUAUUGUAACUUCUCUCCCUCACAUCUUUAUUUAUUUUCCAGCACUAACCAGUGAAAGUUGAGGCUUAUGAAAAUAGUGAGUGGUGAGUUUUUGGGUGUUCAAGGGCAGCUCGGCCUCUCAGGGCUGCUAGCAAGACUUUUAGGCCUUAAACUGUGUCCCAAUUCUAAACUUUCUACUGAUGUCCACACUAUGACAGGCAGUGCGUUACUGAGCAGCAGCUUGUACAAAAAGUAUUCAUUUCUUGUACACUACAAUAUACAUGCACACAUAUAAACAGUAGAGAAAAUAAUAUUUCUACAGAUGUCAGAGUGUGCAGACGUUUCAGUUGUCUGUGUGGAUCUAUGCUGCAGCACCUGCACGACACUGUGGGAAUAAAGGAGGGUGUCACAGAAAAUGAUACAAGGCGAGCGGUGAUUGACUACACUGUGCAGCCCUGUUAUCAACUGUAGAUUCACAUUUUCACAGGUCUCUCAUUGUAAAAGAGUUACAAUGUUUGGAAACAGCUUUUUCUGCCUGAACUGCUGAGAGAAUCGUCCACUCAGUGUUUUUAGACACAGUAACCCACAGUACUUUUUCUCCAGCUCAUUUAGGGUGACGUGCAAUGGCAAAGGUCAACUAUUGUUUGUAUUUUUGUGUCUUCAUUUCAAAAUGCAGCACGUCCAUGCUGGAAAGAAAUCGUGACUGGAUUUCAAAAAUAUAGAUACUUAAAUUCUGCCGGAUGUUAGCUUUGUAUGCAAGAGUCUUAAUGCUUAAAACAUUAAUGCACGUCCCAUUCACAUGUGUUUGUCAUCUCUGAAUUACAGUAGCUGUCCAGUUAAAUGGUUGCUUUCUCAUUUUGGAAUGAAAGACAUUUUUUGGUCUAAUAUUUAUUGUUUUUAUGUUUUAAACUAAGACAGAUGUUCUCUGUUGUUAAGAUUUCAGAUCCUUUUUGUUGUUCUGUAUUUAUUCAUUAUGAACCUGCUUUCUGUCUGUAAUAGUUUGUCUCAAACAUUUCAUCUUUGAUAAGCUCUAAGAGACAUCAGCUGUGUGGCUAAGACUCAGUUUGUAACAGUGGAAAUUUUGUAUCCUGACUUUUCAUACCGGAGCAAUCAAACUACUGAA